CAAAAAUGGUCUAGGUUAAUAGUGGAAGGCAUUUUAAAUAUAAUUAUAAAAGUGGAUACUCUGAAGGAAAAGGAAAUCUGGUGGCACAGUGGCUAAGCACUCAGAUGCUAACCAAAAGGCUUGCUGUUUGAAACCACCAGCCAUCACGGGAGAAAGAUGUGGCAACCUGUUCCCAUAAAGAUUACAGCAUUGGAAACCCUAUGGAACAACUCUACUCUGUCUUUAGGGUUGCUAUGAGUCAGAAUUGAUUAAAUGGCAAUGAAUUUUUUGGUUACUCUGAAGGAGACUGAUGAGGAAAAUUGAAAUGCUGGCUUCUCAAAGCAUUUAGUGGGAGGGCUUUACUGUGAAGGUUGGAGGAAGGACAAAAGUACUCUGAGGGUCACUUUCUUGUUAGGAUUUCUAUGACUCGACUCUCUUCUGCAUCUACCCAUACUUUACAUUCUAGGGACAUGAAUGGUGAGUGAUGGACACUGGUAACUGGACCCAGGUAAUAGAGUUCAUCAUCGUAGGCUUCCCUCACCUCCGGGGUGUUCAGACUUACUUCUUUGUCUUGCUACUUCUCAUUUACCUCACCACUAUACUGGGAAACCUGCUGAUAUUCCUGGUGGUCCGCCUGGACUCCCGGCUCCACACACCCAUGUACCACUUUGUCAGCAUUCUGUCCUUCUUGGAGCUUGGCUACACAGCUGCCACAAUCCCCAAGAUGCUGGCCAACUUGCUCAGUGAGAAGAAGGCCAUUUCUUUCUCUGGUUGCCUCCUGCAGAUCUAUUUCUUUCACUCCCUGGGGGCUACUGAGUGCUACCUCCUCACAGCCAUGGCUUAUGACAGGUAUUUAGCCAUCUGCCAGCCCCUCCACUACCCCACCCUCAUGACCCCAGCACUCUGUGCCAAGGUUGUUAUUGGCUGUUGGGUGGGAGGCUUGGCUGGGUCAGUGGUUGAAAUUUCCUUGGUUUCUCGCCUUCCUUUCUGUGGCCCCAAUCACAUUCAACACAUCUUUUGUGAUUUUCCUCCUGUGUUGAGCCUGGCCUGUACUGACACCUCUAUCAAUGUCCUGGUGGACUUUAUUAUCAACUUCUGCAAGAUCCUAGCCACCUUCCUGCUGAUCCUCACCUCCUAUGUGCAAAUUAUCCACACAGUGCUCAGGAUUCCCUCCACUGCAGGCAAGUGGAAAGCCUUCUCCACUUGUGCCUCCCACCUCACUGUGGUCUUUAUCUUCUAUGGUAGCAUCCUUUUCAUGUAUGUACGACUAAAGAAGAGCUACUCACUGGACUACGACCGGGCCCUGGCAGUGGUCUACUCAGUGCUCACACCUGUCCUCAACCCAUUCAUCUAUAGCUUACGCAACAAGGAGAUCAAGGAAGCCAUGAGGAGGCAGCUAAAGAGAGCAAGAAUUCUGGGGUGAAGGGGGUGGAGCAGGUUGAAUGUGGAGCUGAGUAUGUGGUGGUCUGCAAGAUUAGUAGUGACCGGAGAUGAGUAAUCAGGUAUUUACUGGAGCUGGGGUGAGUGCUUCCUGGCUUUUAGUGUUGCUCUGGCAAUUAUAUUCCAUGAUGGAAUCACAUGCAACUUGUAAAACAAGGACUGAAAAGGUAUACUUUCUCUCUAGCAACUUGGUGUAGUGCAGUGAUUUUCACAUCUCAGACAUUGUGUACCACACUUGGGAUUUUUGUCAAAUCUGCCUCUCACCUAUGAUGAUAUAUUUUUUUUUCCAAAUUUACUUUGUGUAACAUAAAUGCAUUGUCCUAAGCAAUAACACCUAUGAAAUAAAUGCAUAAUUUUUAGAACAAAAAAUUAAAUGAUUUUUCAUGUACUGCUGCAGUUAUUUCAUAUAUUGGAAUCAUUUAUGAAUUACGCUGGACAUAAGUCUGCUGGAAUUUCUAGUCUGUCACCUGACCUACAGAUUUUUAUUUACUGGUGCAGUAGAGAAAAGCUUUUUUUUAGUAUCUGGGUUUAAAUUCUAGUCACUUAUUGAUUACACGGCUUUAAGAAAGUAACUCAACCUCCCUGUAAUUAAAUUUCAUUAUUUGCUUAAAAAUUAUUUUCUUGUAGGU